CAGGGUUUUUUUUUUUUUUUUAUGCCGCUCCUACCUAAGGUUUUUACUUCUAAUGCAAAUUACGUAAGAAAUUUCAUCUUCUCCGAAGAUAUAUUAGUAAAAGCUCAUGGAUGAUCGACCAUUUCUUUGAUCACCAUCUUUACUGGUGCGUGCGUCUACUGCAAUCCAAUUGUGUUUUGGGCAUAGAUGAGGAAAGAAGUUAGGCUUUUCUUUUUGUUUCUGAAUGCAUGCCGUACAAGCUUGUGCGUUGGUUCCCUAGCAACUAUGAAUCAACCGUCAUUCAACGCCUGCUGGUACGGAGGCCAGAAGCUCUGUUCUUCUCGUUCGGUUUGGAUUCUAACCUUUCUCUUGGGCUCCGCUGUCUCGCUGUAUUACAAAGGAAUAGUAGUUGGUAUAUGUUGCCUUUGGUAGGUCGUGAAUAGUGAUAACCUUUUCAGUAGUUUUAGGAUUUGGUAACAGUUUACUCCCUUAGUGAGUUAGUUCCUAAUUCUAGCAGCAAUUAGGUGAGAACUGUUGCUUAAUCUUGUUGUGGCUUUGAUGGAAUUGGGCGACUUGAGUACAAUUUCUUAAGAGUUGAGCAUAGAAUGGAUACUCAAGAAGAAUAGGAAAUUUGAAUUAAGGAAAGACACAAAACCAAAUACUUGUAUCUUACCGAAAAUCCCAGCAAUGGGCUUACCUCAGGUAUCCUUGAGCACGAUUACUGAUGAAGUUACUGCAUCAUUGAGCACAUUUGCUCAACAUCCACCUCGUUUUGCUAGUGAGAGCAGCUGUGAUCUUGAUGGAAUGCAUGGAGGAAGCACAGUCAAUAGGGUCUCAGUGGAUUUCCCAUGCACUUCUUCCCUUGGGGAUUUCCAGAAGAAAACCACACUAGAGCUGUCCAAAGGCUCAGAUGGAAGUUUUAUGCAUAAAAGCACCAUCAACAGUGCAUCUGGUUCUCAUGGGUUGAAAAUUGGUGCAAAGGAAGGAAAUGGUUGGUUUGCUCCUAAAUUUGGACAGAGUAUUCAUACUCCUUUUUCAAGGAUUGUGGGGUUUGAAUCGGGUGGGCUGGAUUCCUUUAGUGGGUUUGAAGAAACUUCACUAUCUCGGUUUCCUUCCUCUGCUGCCAAUGGCAUUGCUAGUGGCAAUGAAACUGAGCCACACGGUUCAAUAGUCCGCAAACGAUUGCUAUCUCCUUUGAAUGGUAUGCUUUAUCCAAGUCAAUUUGACGGCGGUCCUCUAGACAUUGGUGGAGGCAAUGAUCAUGUUGAUUCUCCUGUCCUGAGAGAUGGGCAUAGUGUUUCUGAGGCACAAGACCACAAGAAAGCUAAUAUUAGCCAGAUUGAUUAUCAAAAUACCCCAGUUUCAUCUGUAUCUAGUUGUCUGAGAUGGAAGAAUGGGCUGGAUAAUGAUAUCGGAAGAAGUUUUAUUUUUUUGGCUGAUGGCCGUAUACCUAUUAACAUUGAAUCCAUACGUCACAAUCUCUUAUUACCUUCACCAGGAGUUGAUUCCUAUGGGGAAGCAAGCAAGGUAAGAACCCGAACUGGGUCAGUACCUAUAGUUCCAAAAAAGAUGAUCUCAUCUCCACUUUCUUUGUCUCCUCUUGGUCCAAAAUUCUCUGAAAGAAUGAAAAUUGCAGGAGUACAUGGGGUUGUGGGAAAAGAGAUACAAGGUAACUUUUUAAUGUCGAAGAGCAUGGAAAAGUCUCCAAAUGAAUCUGCCUCAGGCAUUUUAUUUGCAAAGGAUGAAUAUGAAUUUAUGAUAACAAGCAAAUCAUUUCAAGAUCUUGAUAUUCUGGAGAAAGAAUUUGAUCCAUUUUCAAUUGAAGGUACAACUGCCAUAGAUCGGCACUGGGGUCCUGAUUCAUCCCUUAAAUCUCAAUGCGUUCCCGUUAGGAGGUCCUUGGUUGGUUCUUUUGAAGAGUCCCUAUUGUCUGGUCGGUUGUCAUCUGGAAAAGCUAGUCAGAGAAUUGAUGGUUUUCUAGCUGUUCUAAAUGUUACUGGAGGGAGCUUCUCGCCUCCAUCACAGAAGCUUCCAUUUGCAGUAACUAGUGUGGAAGGAGAUAACUAUUUACUUUACUAUGCAUCAAUAGAUCUUGCAGGAAGUAUGCAAUCAAACAAAUGCAGAAGCCCAAAAAUGAACAGAAGCUUUGGCAUUGAUGGUUCCCAUGCUAUCAAGACCCGCUUGCAUAUCCCUAUGAAAGGGCGCAUUCAACUGGUCCUCAGCAACCCAGAAAGGACACCUCUGCACACCUUCGUUUGCAACUAUGAUUUGAGUGAUAUGCCAGCUGGAACGAAGACUUUCUUGCGCCAAAAGAUGACUCUAGCCACUUCUAAACUAACCUUGGUACCUGGAAAAGAAGGAAACAGUAAUCUUGGCAUGAAAAGUGAGCCCAAGUCUACUGCAUUCCCAGAGAAAAAUCAUCCUUUACAGCUUAGCAGGGAAUUUGUCAGUUCAAAUGGAGUUGGCAUUGUACAUACCAUUAGAUCUACAUCUACAGAUCAAAGUGCUAAAGUUAUAGGAAAUGGAGGUUCCAAUUAUGUUGAUUUUGUACAUAAUGGUGAAGAUCCUUGCAAUCCAUCCCAGAACAAGGGAGACAUAAGCCCCCUGUUCUUUUCAUCUCGGGACUGUCUUGAGCAAGCAAAUGACUCCAAUCUUGCUGUGAGCACAGAAGAUGAAAAAUUUAGUAGCAAUGAGUGCCAGAAGACAUGUGAGGUGGAUUUCACCCCAAUUGAUGCAUGCCUUGAAACUGACUCAAAAUCUGUACAUAGUGCUUCAAAAGUCAAUGAGAAAACAUCCGGUGCUGGUGUUCUGCGUUAUGCUCUUCAUCUCCGUUUUCUAUGUCCUUCAAAAAAGUGUUCAAGAUCAUUGCAGAGAUGCAAAUCUGAUCCUUUAUCUGCUCCUGAAACAAAUGGUUUGAAUGUUGAGGGGGAGAGACACUUCUACUUGUACAAUGAUCUGAGGGUUGUGUUCCCUCAACGCCAUUCUGAUGGUGAUGAGGGCAAGUUGCACGUGGAGCACCAUUUUCCGAAAGAUCCGAAAUACUUUAGCAUCAGUAGCUGACUGGCCUUGGCCUAGUCCAUCUUGGAGGCGGCUCUAGCCAUGUACAUAUCAACAAUUAGCCAUUUAAUCUUUUAUGGGGCAUUAACCCCGUUUCAUCUGUGUAAAAAGAAACAUUUUCAAUAAAUUUGUUAAUUUCAUUUCUUUA